GAUUGAUCGAGUUCUUCGAAUCAUAGGUUUAGUUAGGUUGAGUUGACUGAAUUCUUUAAGUUGGAUUGGGUUGAUCGGGUUCUUCAAAUUUUAGGUUUGGUUAGAUUGAGUUGACCGAAUUCUUCCGAAAAAAUGUGAUAUCUCCAUUUUCAAGAAAGAUAUAAACUACCUACCACAAUUUAUUUUUAUUUGAAGAUAACUUUAAAAAAUACAGUGUCCCUUUAUAAUAAACAAAGAUUGGGCCACAUUUUUCAGUCUCACAUGGUGGGAAAGCCAAAACAAAAGGACAAAAAAAGGACAAGCACCUUGAAUGGAACAAAUAUCAGCCUAGAAAGCUACUUACCAUCACAUCAAGCUGCUCAGGCUUUGAACCCAUCUACAAGUUUCAUGUUGUCGCCUUUGGGCACACCCAUCCCUUUCUCCUCCCUGUUCUUGAACUUAGUGUAUGAGUGAUAGCUAUCAUUGAUACGAGCUAGACCACUAUAUGUCGUGAAUGACAUUUAUUAGUAAUAGGCAUUUAUCACAAGAGACAAACUACAUGUUCUAAAAUAACUCUACCUGUGAUAGACUUUAAUCAUAAUAGCAAUCGUUGUUGAACUAGAGUAUUAGUGACAAUAGUGAUAGGCUACCAUCACUAGUAGACUUGUUUAAGAGACAGACUUCAUGUUGUGAAUGACGUUUAUUAGUAAUAAACAUUGCAAGCAUUGUCGAACAAGUGUUUCGGUGAUUGUAGUAAUAGACUACCAUCACUAGUAGACUUGUUCAAGCGAUAGACUACAUGUUGUGCGUGACGUUUAUUAGUAAUAGGCAUCUAUUGCCGUGACGUUUAUUGUUGUACUAGUUUAUAUGUGAUAACACUCUAUUAACUUUCGGAUUGGUCCAAAAAGGUGUUCAUAAUAUGAUUUUAAUAAGUAUGAAGCCACUCAAAAAUUAAAAUGAGCUCAUAAUCUAACUUUAAAAGGGUGUACUACAUUAAAAAAAAAAAAAAAAAAAAGAAUAAUAAACUCAUAGAAACGAUUGAAGAACAGUAGUGGUGUGAACGGCUGAAGAGAAACGGGAAGGGGAGUUUAGAGAGAAUGGCAGCGGCGCCAUUUCUACGCAACAGAUAUUGGAUUCUCAGGCAAGGCAAGAGCAUUCCCAAUGAGAAGGGCCUCAUCGUUUCUUCUAUAUGCAAAGAAGUUGGGGCUGUUGAUGAGGAAGAUCCAUUCAAGCGGCCUGAAGGUGGAGAAAGCGUUGAAGAUGUUGCUUCAAGACUAGCCAAAGCAGUGGUUCAAAUGGAGUCACAAUUUCAAGGCCAUGGGGACCCCCUGCAAAUUUUGCAGACAGUGAUGGGAGCUGCCAUGGAUGAAAAUGGAUCGGGCUCUGAUGAAUUGGCAUCGAGAUUACAAGCCGCCGUCACCAAGCCUAUUCUCUCGCAGCACCGGAAAUUUGCUCUUCUCACCGGAGAACUUCGAGCUGUCGUUUGAAUUCCUGUAACUUCUCGCCGGACUUAUUGAAGAAGAUGACCUCAACAAUCGUUUCUUCUUCAUUUUUAUU